UCCGUGGAACGAUGAUCGAUCGGAGAACGACUUUCCUCGAGAGGAUAUCGUUUGCCAGAAUUCAUCCGUAACCCGACGAUUUCUUUUCCACUCGUGUGUCAGGGGUGUGCAGAAAACGCUAGAAACUAAUGUUCUUAACAGGUGGACGACAAGGAACUGUCCGGAGCGGAAGAGGAGAAAGAAGUCGAGAAAGCCCUGCUGAAGCCGUUGUUGUCUUUCGAAGAUCUUGUCAGGUUUUCCACGCUCGAAGGCGGCGGCGACGUUUCACUGAGAACAUUGCUGCAACGGGCGCAGGAGACGGGCACCGAGUGGCCGGGCCUCGAGCACGCUAACAUCGGCCCGUACAUACAGAAGAUGCUCGCGGCGGCUGCACCGUUCAAAGGCACGGAGACGCAAGAUUAUCGCAUUCCGGAGGUGAUGAGGAGGCUGAUGAGCGAAGACAAGAGGCUAAACAAGAGCGUAAACGGGGACCAGUCGCAGCCGUGUCAUCAGCAGUUUCAUCACCAGCAAUCGUCGCACUCGGCGCACCAGCAGCCGCAGACGCCGUCGCAGCAACAGCAGCGCGGCCCUAUCACCAACGACGACUUCAACCCGAACAUCGAGGAGGAGGCGAGCGACAGCGCUCAGGGCAGAGCGAUACUAAAGAUUCCGUCCUACAAGCCCGCGAGCACACCGGGCUGUUCCAGCAAGAACGGUGAACCGACCUCGGCCGCGUUCGCCCAGGGAUUCGCCACCGCGGCCUCUAGUCCCAGCCUUCUGGAGAGAGCCAGCCCGGCGUUCUCCGGCACCAGCAGCCCGACAAACUCGCUCGUGGGGAAGACGGUGGCCGUCAACUUCCGCGACGUCAUCGCGAAGAGUAUCAGCGUCAAGUUCCAAGAGGGCCAACCGGUCGGCACGGCGGCCGGGUUGCCCGGCUGCCAACCUGGCGGCGUGGUGCAGCCUCAGCAGACGAUCAUGACGGACCCCAGCCCGUUCAAGAGGAGCCGGUACACGCCGCCCCAGCCGACCGCGCAGCAGUCGCAGACCUCGGCCAAGCCGCAGCAGUCGCAAGACGCGAACAAGCCGAAGGCCGCGACCGGUGGCAAAGGCACGAGGCCGAAGCGCGGAAAGUACCGCAACUACGACAGGGACAGCCUGGUGGAGGCUGUAAGGGCGGUGCAGCGGGGCGAGAUGAGCGUGCACCGCGCAGGCAGCUACUACGGAGUGCCGCAUUCCACCCUCGAGUACAAAGUCAAGGAACGACACCUCAUGAGGCCAAGGAAGAGGGACCAGAAGCAGACGGACGACAAGACGAAAGAGACGGCGGUCGCAGCCGCGGCGGCGGCGGCCGCGAACAUGCGCCCCGGCACGGCCGACAAGAAGCCGCAGCUGAAGCCGCAGAAGCCGUUCACGCCGCCGGCCGGGAUAGCCGGGCCGAACGGGCUGAAGAUGCCCGCGUUCAUGGAGGGCAUGCCCCACUUGCCGUUCGCGCCGUUCAACUUUUGGAACCCGGCGCCGUUCAUGCCGUCCCCGUUCAUGGCGGGCGCGCCGAACGUGCCUACGAUCCUGCCGGAGCAGUACUUCGCGACGAGCAGGAUGCGCGGCCUGCAGGAACAGCAGAGGAGCGCGGCGAUGGUGCAGCAACAGCAGCAUCCGCAGCAGAGGGACCGGGACGGGAUCGGCGUGUCGACGGCGACCACUGAGUCGCCGGGCACCUCGAACUCCCGCGGCAC